CAUGUUCUGUUUCUCGUUCUUAUCAACUCUCUAAUCCUGAACGUUGCGUGGCUUGUAAAACUUGCGUGUAGCUUACAGCCUGGCAACUAAGGGCUCGGAGGAUUGCGACUGCGUAUCAAUCUACGAAGUUUUUGUCCGAUUACGAAACAAGUUUCGUACCUAGAAAUGCCGCCUGAGGAGACAACGCAGGAUGCAGCCGGGAAGGCAGCAGACCUAGGCGAGACAGGAGGCGACAGCUCCUUCAUUUCUUCUAGUUCUUUCCAAGGCGCUAAAGCUGGUUACGUAUUCAAGACCGAUGACCGUGGACUUGGCUACUACCUGGACGUGCCGCUGUCUGAGCGAUUGAAAGCGGCCCAAGAAGCCCAAAAGGCGAAGCCCACUGUGGUGAAGGCCAACAACUCUUUGCUGAAGUCCUUACAAAAGCGCGGAUCCGCGCUGCCAAUUCCAUCUGGCGUGCCCAAGAAAGCAAAAACAGACGACAACAAGGAGGCGCCUAAGUACCUAAAGGAGAUGGAGCGGUACAAACAAAUGUCCUGCGCCUCGGACACAAAGCACGACCGGCCGCUGGUGAAGUAGGGAAGUACUGACGGUGCGUAAGUUUGCGCCCCAGAACGAACGAGGUGCGGGUGAGGAACUGUUCUAGGGGGUAUGUGAACAAUCAAACGCAUGUGGGUGCGGCUAAAGGUGUGGCCGUCCCUGCAGGGGUAGCAUAUACCCCCGUCUUGUCCGUGGUGAAGACAUGGAGUGAUAUUGGAUGUGUAGAGUGCCCGCUGCAUGGAGGCAACUUAGCUACCUGCUGUACAGCAGGAGUACAGCUUUAGCGAGAGGGUGCGUGAGCACGUGUGGAAGAGCAGCGUCAGGUGAUGAUGGCGGUUUAGCGCUGGCUGCUUGAUGUGCUUGUUGUCAGUUACGGUAAGCAGGUAUGACGCUACGGCACCUGCGAGUGCUGCUGAUGUAACGAAUGGCGACACUUCUCCCGC